UGUUAUAUAUUGGCACACAAAAACAAAGAAUAAUUAAGACUCUGUAGUUGCCUAUAUUGUGUCUUACCAUGCACUGGAGCACUACCUUAUAAGUGUCCAUGUCUUUUUCAUGUUCAAGUCUUUAUCCAGCCACUGCGCCAUGCUAGCUUAAUCACUGAACUUACGGUAAAACCACUGUCACCAAUAUUUUUAUGGUGAAACUUCUGUCUCCGAUGUUGUUCACGGUGAAAGUGUGAAUCAAAUCAUCCCGACCAGGCAGGGAGGGAAACAUCAGCAAAUUUGGUGACUUGGGAUCCUGUUCCAGAUACGCCAUUAGCUGGCAUAUUCCUUAAUCUUCUACUUAAGCGCAAGAUGGGUCAUUAAGUGCUUAAAAUUUGGCUCCUUGGUCUUUAGUUGCUUUCAUUUAUGUUGUUUAAGUAAACUAUCCAUUUUCCAAAUGAGCACUCAAGGCUUUUUUGUGCUAGUGAUAGCCGGGGCUCCUGCUUUGCAUUCCUUGAAAACAGCUUUACUGAAUUAACUACUUUUCAGGUUACUACUUAUAGGAUUUCUUAUAAUAAAGCCCAGGGAUUUUUCUCUUCCUUUUGAAAUACUUGUGGCACUUAUUUCUCAAGUUGUAAUGGUGUUGACCUCAGCUGAAUGAGUCAAAAACAUCCACAAAAACGACGCCAUUUUUACUCAACUUAGUUUAAAUCCUCAUGGAAAAUCUGAAAAGUUAUCCUGAGCCAUUGAGAUGACCGAACUAAGCCCUGGAGAAAAUUAUUGGAGGGUAAACUGAGCUAAUAAAUGUUUGAAGGCAUGACCAUUCAAGGCUUCCGUACAACUACCUACUGGCACUUAAACUCUAAAAAUAAACGUAAAUUCAAAUGAACAAAAAACUGUUUUGCAAUUUAUAUGUUUAAAAGUACAUUACCCGACUAUGAUCAGUAUUAGAGAUUAUGAGCCCUUCAAAACUCCGCCGCGGUGCUUUGGCGCCAUUUUGUGGUCAAACACAAGAAACGCAGCCCAGGUACACUUCCGGUCCUCCAGUCAACAAGGAAGUUAACCGAUGGAUGAGAAACGACAUCAACCUGCUCCGGUCUCCUCCGUUUUCUCGCCGUAAAUCCUGCAGGAAAAAAAACACCGAUUUACUGUCGAAGUAAAUUCCCGUUGCUAUGGCGAUGUCAACGUUCCAGAAGGUGACUCUCGCGACGUGCCUCGUGCUGUGCGUGGCGCUGCUGCUCCCCAAAAUGCUGUUAUCCCGGGGGAGGAGGGAUGCUGAACGACCGGACGGUGCGUCUCAUUUAACGGCCUUCUGUCGUCUGUUUUUACAUUUACAACUUCGUAAACAUUUAAACUGCGUGACUGACUGGAUUUCAAGCGUUUAUUUUAAAUCUUUUAUCGUGAUUUUUGCUCCAACGUAAACUGAACAUCAGCGGUGUACCCUGCUCUUAUACUUUCCUCCCUCUAGAGGGCGUCAAACUACACUAAGAGACAUGUUUGAGUAAAAUCUGAAGUAUAAACACUACAGGACAAACAGUUGGGAGUAACUUCAAGUUUUUUUCCACAAUACUUUUAUUUUAAAUCCAGCAUGAGUUUUAUGUAUUUUGUGAUGUAUUUACUCCAUGAUCAGAUGUUGCUUUCAUGAAAAUGCACCAUUUUCCUCAGUCUACCUUUAGAUAUACAUUAAUGUUAACAGACCAUUGCUAAAUAUAGGUCAACAAAAGAAAAUAAGGGCUUAGUUUUAGGGCGUGAACAUUUGCAAGCGUCACAACAUCAGUGCAAAAACAAACAAAAAAAAUUACAGUUUGCAUUAUUCACUGUACCUCUUUGGCUUUUGAGAGUCUGCAGACGAAAUCCUAAUAAAUCUCAACUGUGUUCAAAUCUGACAAACUACCGCAGAAAUGUCUAGAAAGAAGCAACUGAGUAAAGAAACAAGAAUGCAGAUUUGUACAUUGAGGAAAGAAGGAUACACAGAAAAAGAAAUUGUAAAACGCCUCAUGGGGUCUAACAAAGGAGUCCACUACACUCUGAAGAGACUAGAGGAACCUGGAAGUUAUGAUGAUAGAAAAAGACCUGGACGAAAGAGAGUUACUACAAAAGCAGAGGAUAAACAUAGCAUUGUCACCAGUAAGAGAGAUCAACUAAAGACAGCACCACAAAUAAGGGAGGAAAUCAACAUGACAAGGUCGAAAUCCAUAUCUCUGACAACUGUGGAAAGACGUUUAAGAAAGGCUGGUCUGAAAAAGAAAAAAAAAACUUUGUCCAAAGAACAAGAAAAAUAGAUAUGAGUGGGCGAAAGCUCACAAAAAUUGGACCGAUGAAAGCAAGUUUGAAUAUUUGGUUCAAAACGUAGAGUCUAUGUCCGCAGAAAAACUGGUGAACGUCUGAAAGCACCAUGUGUUACACCCACAGUGAAGCGAGGAGGUGGUAGGAUGCGAGGAUGUUUUGCAGGCGAUCAACAAUUAGGAGAAUUGUUUGAAGUAAAGGGUAUCAUGAAGAAGGAACAGUACCACUCCAUCCUCCAGCACCAUGCUGCUCCAUCUGGACUCAAACUUGUGGCUCAUAAGUUUGUUUUGCAGUAAGACGAUGACCCUAAGCACUCUGCCGAGCUCUGUCAGGGUUACCUAGACCGAAAAGAAGAGGAAGGUGUUCUUCAAAAGAUGGUUUGGUCCCCUCAGUCUCCAGACCUUUCUCCAGUUGAGCUUGUGCGGGAUGAAUUGUAUCGAUCGGUCAGAAAAACGCGUCCCACGAAUCAGCGUCUCUUUUUAAUGAACUUAAGAAAGCUUGGAAUGCGAUCUCUGGAACAUACCUUAGAAAACUUGUGGAACGAAUGCCUGGUAUAUGCAAAGCUGUUGUUAAAGCCAGAAGAGGUUACUUUAAAGAAAGCACAAAGUCUAAGCAACAAUAACUCAAAUACCUCAUAAUUAUAGUCAAAAUGUCUUCUGAUAAGUUACUCUGUACACGAUAAUCAUGUUUAUUUUGUUGCAAAUUAUAUAAAUGAAACUAUGAUCUUCGGUAAAAGCGGUAAAAGACGACAGUAUUAGGUUUUUCUCUUGCAGAAGCACCAUCACUGCAUGUCAAAUCAACUGCGCUGCUGUGUUUUAAGUCAAUCGUGUUUUUCAUCUUCUGCAGGUCCAGGUCAUCUCCCUCCUAUGAUGCACCGUCAGAUCGCUCCAGAGGGUCGAGGACAGAGGGCUGCAGGACCCGGUUUCUCCAGAGCACACAACACCGAAGCCAUCGCCAGGGCAAAGGGAGCAGGAACAGGAACAGGGGCGGGGACGGGAGGGAAAUCCAACCUGGCUGGACAGAUUAUCCCCGUGUACGGCUUUGGGAUCUUACUCUACAUCCUUUACAUCCUCUUCAAGGUGAAACACUGGAAAUACAACACACAGAUUCUCGCUAAGAUAGUACAGAUAUAUGUUCUUGUAGAGACAGAGAUUAUGUGAAACUACAGGUGGAGGUCUCUACGUGUUUAUACCAAAUAACAAUGUUUUUUUAAAUUCUGUUAUUGUCUCAUUGUCAGAUCACAUCGAAGGGAAGCAGCAAACCCACAGAGAACAGAUUUCCUUCAGUUCGCUCUGAGAACAUGAAGCGGAAGAUCAGUAAGUAUCAUCUAAUCUGAUUUAGAUUAUUCUCUCUUUAGUGACUUUAAUCACUAACUUUUUGAACAUGCCUUAAGUUGUUUUAAUUUAAUUUUUAAAAUCUUUUUGGUGAAUUUUUGAUCAAAUUUUGGGAAUAAAUACCAGUUUGUUUUGCGUCAAAUCUGUUUUCUUAAUUACUGUCAUUAUUUCCCAUCUCUAAUUUGUAAUAAUAAAAUGAGAAACAAACAAACGUCAGUUAUUUUCUUGCAUAUCGAUCCUAAAAUAGCACAAAACUCAAAGUUUGACUCCAGACUUUUGCAGCUUGUACUUUUAUAGCUCUCUUUAUUCUGAACUUUAUUUUUUAACUUGCUCUCUGCUCUCUCGCUCUUCUCUCGUGUCCUUCAGCUGACUUCGAGCUGGCUCAGCUGCAGGAGAAACUUCAGGAAACUGAACUGAUGAUGGAGAAUAUCGUUUCCAACGUCCACCACAGUCCUGACAGGUGGGUGUGAGCGUUUCCUGAGGAAUCAGUGUCAGCCUGUUCCUGACAGAAUGACUGUUUUUAUUCGAUUAAUUUUCAGAUGAUUUAAUUACAGGCGUGUGAUAAUCUCUUUGGAGAUUAAUCCGAACAUCACACCCCGUUAAACUUCACACGCAGGAUUUCUGUCUGGUCUUCCUGUCGUAUUAAAAUGCUUUUCAUCCAUAUGAAAUCCUCAAACUUUUCUUUAAAGCCUGAAGCGUUUUGUCUGCUGUGACCCACAUUAAGCAGCUCUAGAAUAAGACUAGAUGAAAUUUGUUCUUUAAAAUCUUUUAAAUAAAAAAGUGUAUUUGAAUUUGUUCUUUUUGUCAGUUUUAUUUAAAAAAAAACUUUGCUUUUGGUUUUCACUGACAGAUCAGUAAGAAGCGAUUUUAUGGAAUAAAUAUGUUAAAGCUUCUGUGAGGAGUUUUUUUAAUGUAAUAAAAUAGUCUGAAAUUCAUAUUGAUGCUUUUUCAUGAUACUUAAACACAGUCAAGAUCAUCGGCGACAUGAUUAAGAAUGUGUAUAGUGUAAUAUUUGUGCUUUAAACAGGUAUACGAGGUUAGGUGUCAACAGAGUAGAUGAAGAGACAGCCCUGUUUUUACAAUGUCUACAUCAAAUAUUCACAAUUAGUGAUUUAUUUAACUGUCAAAAGUCUGCAGGAUGAGUUUUUUGACAUUUGAGGACAAAAUAAACAAAGACUGAUGUGUCCCAAAUUGACACAAACCAAAAGUUUCUCACAGGAGCUUUAAUUUAUACUAAUCAGAUCUGUUGUGAUUGAUUUGUAAAUGUUAUAAAAUGUGUGUGUGUGUGUGUGUGUGUGUGUGUGUGUGUUGAUCAGGGUGAAGGGUGUGAUGGAGGACCAGGAGGAGAGCCUCCUGCAGCAGCUGACGGAGAUCACUCGAGUGAUGCAGGAGGGGAAGCUGGUGGACGACGUUGUUCCCAAGAAGGACCAGGAGGACUGGGAAGGUACAUGAGCGCCUGUACACCCUCUGACUUCACAUUAACAUUAAACUCUGCUACAGUGAUAUCUACUGUAUCAUCAUUACACUAUAUUUAUGAGAAGAAGGUGGUUUAACUGGAUUCUUGUCUUUGUCCGAGUUCAUAAAUAUCGAGCCAGAACAUUUGUCUGCUUUUAUUUGUCUGAAGGGUCUGCAGGUUACCCUGAGGAGCCUCAGCAGUUCUGGGAACACCCCCACUGCUGCUGUCAGCACCACAGUCCACAGGCGGAGACCAACGCUGAGAGGACACAAGCCGACGGCGCUGAUCUGGAAAACAUCCCCGAGCACGCCACAGGUGGAGGAGAGGAGGAGGAAGCAGAGAGUGUGAGAGAGUCCGUGGAUGAGACUGUGCAGCCAGAGAGUGAUUUAGGUGUAAAUGAGGGUGUAGACGUGCACGAACACAAGGAGGGAGGGGCCCACAUCGAUCUGGGCGUUGCAGAGGAAGACCUGGCCGGAGUCCUGCAGGAGCUGGAGAUCUCCCUGAAGAUGACGUCAGUGAUGGAGCAGGAGAAGAUGGAGGACCUGAGCAAGACCGCGGAGGCAGAAACGUCCUGCAGCACGGUCAGACGGAGGAACAGGAGGAGGAGAGCCAAGAAGGCCUCACACUGACUUCAGACGGGACUGCUCAUAGACUCCAGAGUUUUUAGUUUUGAAACUCGUCUUAUUAAAUUCUUGGAGAUCUGAAAGGAAGGACUGUAGGUGCACAGGGAUCAGAUUCUACAGAAAAGUCCCAAUCUGAAUUUAAGGACCUGGACUUUGUGUAUCAGCAUGAUGUGAUGAAGAAGGGAACAGUCUGAAUAGAGGACAAUCCUUUAUUUAUCUCUAAAGAGAGAUCUCUGCAUGCAAGUGCAGCGAAAAACCCACCCUAGAUCCUAAAUUUGGACUCCUGAACACCGUGCUGUAAAAACCUCUCAGCUGUUAGACUUCCUGAGAGUCCAGAACGACAGCGUUACUCCACCCCGCCUGACUCAAACAAACAUGUUUUCAAAGUAUUUAUUAUAACUGACAAAACUUGACUUCUUUCUGCAUUUUUAAGAGCAAAUAAAUCUGUUUUUUUUUCUGGUUCAGACCGCUGAAAUCUUUGUAUAUCUGACACUUUACAGAGACUAAUGUCCCGCCUCCUUCGCCUCUGAUUGGCUGUGAAACGUCAUCACACGCUCAAGCUGGGCGCGGGCUGUCGGCUCUGUACAUCAAACAGAACAUUAUCGCACUUCUGAAUCUCCUAACCCUGAACCUAACUCGACAGACGAUGACGUUUAACAGCCAUAAGGAAUAAUCAAUCGGAGCCCAGCACUUUUAGCCAAUCAGAGGCGAAGGAGGGCGGGA